GUGCAGACAGCUAGAAACUGUAUGGUUCAAGAGAAUGCCACUGAUACCGACCUGGAACAUUUGAGAGGAGAACCACCAUACCCUGAGAAAGCAUCCUGUAUCCUCAAGUGCCUAUUCGAGAAGGUAGGCGUGGUGAAAAGCAAUAAAUACAGUAAGACCGGCUUCAUGACAGCAGUGACCCCAAUGGUGUUCAUGAACAAGAAAAAAUUGGAGCACAUGAAGAAAGUUUCAGAAAGUUGCGAGAAGGAGAUCAACCAUCACGAGCAAUCUCCAUGCCAACUUGGAAAUGAAGUGGUGACCUGUAUCUACAAAUAUGCACCGGAACUACAUUUCAACAAGUCUUCGUCGCGAAAAUAA